GGCAGGCGGCAUACAUACAUUGUGGGAGGAAGUGAUGCCUGGGAGGCGGAGUUCAGGGCAAAAACAGCCGCCUCAACAAAGUGUGGGCAGUUAGACUCCGCCUGCAGCCUGCAGACAGCGAGCAGCCGAAUGAAAGCUCCUCAAGUCCGAAAAGCGUAUCAACCAACCGUACCUGUGGAGAAAACAUUAGUGGCUGCAAUUCAACUACAUUUUUGCUUCUCAGACUUUUUCCUGCAGUGGAGUUCUGUUGAAUAGACACCUUAUAAGUCUGAAGCUACUUUUUUUUCUCCCAGCUGAGGGUUUGCUCUACUUUAUUCUUCACGGAUUUCACCGUUAGGGCGCUUUUAUUAAUUGUGAAGUGUGAUUUUUUUUUUUUUUUUUUUUUUUUGGAGGACCAAUUUACAUCACUCUUCAAUGAACUUUCGAAAAAAAAUAUGGACUAUUCUGACGUGUUGAGCUGGAUUUGGGAGCUCUCGAACUACAUGACCAUGUAACCUAAAGCCCCCCUCUUUCAGAGAUGGAUUUUGGGCUGUCGGCCCAUGCUGGUUCCUGUGCAUGUGCUAACUCUUGGAAGCAUCAAAGUGGCCAUUGGUGAGAGACCCCCAAUAGGCCCAGGAUGCCAGGAUGCCCAUCACUCAGGACAACGCCCUCAGCAUCCUUCCACUACUGGAGGACUGGAACGCGGCUCAGACCACAAGAUCACGACAGGACCACAACCUGAAUCAGGACAGCUCUGGCUACAAGCAUGUGGACUCCUAUCAGAAUGGAGAAGGGGACAGUAUGUGCAGUAGCAGCAGUGUUAACAGUGUUAAUGUGGAGGACAUGUCCCUGUGUCUGGCUGCCAUUCAGAAGUUGGUGGAGUACAUUAAGUUCAACUUCAUGGAGGGUGACACAGCUCCAUCAGCCAGCACGUCCUCCUGCAGGGAGGGGUUAGACGUCGAGGUCCAUGCUGUUUCCCUGAGUAAGGAUGAAGGGGAUACAGCUGAAUUUGGCCUCAGCUUUGGGAACAUCCCGAUUUUUGGGGAUCCUGACAGAAGAAAAAAGGGAGGCCCGAGGAGGAGGAGGGACCAGGGCCCCAUCAUGGAUGUUGGGUGCAUCUGGGUGACGGAGGUGAGGAAGAAGAGCCCAGCAGCCCGGUGCGGGGCGAUCAAACUGAGAGACGAACUGCUGUCACUGAAUGGACAGCUGAUGGUGGGAGUAGAUGUCAGUGGAGCCAGGUGAGACUGCUACCAAUCAUGUGAAGGGAUAAAAAAUUGUGAGCACAAUGCAAGUUAAAGUCCAAUAAUCAGUAUACUCCUCCCUAUAAUCCUGUAAAUCCAACACUGCCAUAAAGCAAUCCUGCUCAUUGAUUUUCAACAUGACCUCAUGAAUAGAACAAUAGCUGAAUACAACCACAGACAAAGAGACUGCCAGCCGCACGCUUUGAUUCUCUCUGACUUCAUUUAGCUGCAUGGGUUUCUCUCACCACGUUUGUAACCUACA